UGUUGCCGCCCACUUUUCCUCAGAGUUUCUGCACAGUUCUUCCCAUUAAGCUGCUUUACAAAGACUCAGAGCGGGGACAAAGAUGGCAUCCCAGCAGCUCUAUCUGAGGUUAACAGGGCUGGCUGUGGUGGUGACGCUGUUGGCACUGAGAGAUGUAACCGGUGAGAGCAGCUUGCACAAGGUCUUGAGGAAAAGAGACGUGGCAGGAGCUGGUACUACCCUGUCAAAGGCCUCGGUUGCCGUCCCCCCCUCCAAGGCUCAGGAUUUCCUGGCCAAGCUGAGCAGAACCAAGAGGUACAUCUGGGAUCGCAGCAGACCCGACGUGCAGCAGUGGAUCAUGCAGUUUAUGUACAUGGGUUAUGAUGAGCAGAGGCUAGAGGCUGACCUGUCGUACUGGAUGGACCAGGCACGCUCCAAUGAUCAAGGGCGUCAGCAUCACUACGACGAAAACGCCCCCAUUGGCCCCCGUGACCACAGCUCUUACAGACACGGCGCCAAUGUCAACUACGACUACUAUUAACUCCAGUGACACACAACACAGGCCACAGCUUGUGUGAAGGGUCACAGGGGUUUGUUUCUUCUUGCAAGUUAGUCCUCAGCCUCGUCUGUGAUAGUUUGUUAAGUCAUAACCUGAUGUUCAGUGCAUCCUUCAGUGUAACCUGUUCUCUUACUAUCAAAUAUAGAAAUAAAGAUGGACAAAGUCUUGGCUUUUUGUAAAUAAAUAUGUUGCUCCGCACUAA